CCCGGCGCCGCCCAGGCCUCGGACCCGCGCCCGCCAUGGCCGCCAAACUCCUGCUCCUGCUCGGCCUCUUCUCGGGCUUGCACGCGCGGUCCAGGAAGGUGGACGAGGAUGAAUACGAAGAUUCCUCUUCAAACCAAAAGUGGGUCUUAGCUCCCAAAUCCCAAGACACCGAUGUGACUCUUAUUCUGAACAAGUUGCUUCGAGAAUAUGACAAGAAGCUGAGACCGGACAUUGGAAUAAAACCCACUGUGAUUGAUGUUGACAUCUAUGUGAACAGCAUUGGGCCCGUCUCGUCAAUUAACAUGGAGUACCAAAUCGAUGUGUUCUUUGCUCAGACCUGGACAGAUAGCCGCCUUCGAUUCAACAGCACCAUGAAAAUCCUGACCCUGAACAGCAACAUGGUGGGGCUGAUCUGGAUUCCCGACACCAUCUUCCGCAAUUCUAAGACUGCAGAGGCCCACUGGAUCACCACACCCAAUCAACUCCUCCGAAUCUGGAAUGAUGGGAAAAUCCUUUACACCUUAAGGCUUACCAUCAAUGCAGAGUGUCAGCUGCAGCUACACAAUUUCCCCAUGGAUGAGCACUCCUGCCCUCUCAUUUUCUCCAGCUAUGGCUACCCUAAGGAAGAAAUGAUUUAUAGAUGGAGAAAAAACUCAGUCGAGGCAGCAGAUCAGAAGUCCUGGCGGCUUUAUCAGUUUGACUUCAUGGGCCUGAGGAACACCACGGAGACCGUGACCACUUCUGCAGGUGACUAUGUCGUCAUGACUGUCUACUUUGAACUGAGCAGAAGAAUGGGGUACUUCACCAUCCAGACAUACAUCCCCUGUGUACUGACUGUGGUGUUAUCGUGGGUUUCGUUUUGGAUCAAAAAAGAUGCUACACCAGCAAGAACAGCACUAGGCAUCACCACAGUACUGACCAUGACCACCCUCAGCACCAUCGCCAGGAAGUCUCUGCCCCGUGUGUCCUAUGUGACAGCCAUGGACCUCUUUGUGACCGUGUGCUUCUUAUUUGUCUUCGCUGCCCUGAUGGAGUAUGCUACCCUUAACUAUUACUCAAGCUGUAGAAAACCAACCACCACUAAAAAGAAAACAUCGUUAUUGCACCCAGAUUCCUCGAGGUGGAUCCCUGAGCGUAUAAGCCUCCAAGCCCCUUCCGUAUGUAUAGGGUUGCAGAACUACUCUCUCCUGGACAUGAGGCCACCCCCUGCUGCAGUGAUCACGUUGAACAACCCCGUGUACUGGAAGGACUUUGAGGAGGCGUGUGUCUACGAGUGUCUGGACGGCAAAGACUGUCAGAGCUUCUUCUGCUGCUACGAGGAAUGCAAAUCGGGGUCGUGGAGGAAAGGCCGCAUCCACAUAGACAUCCUGGAGCUGGACUCGUACUCCCGGGUCUUUUUCCCCACCACCUUCCUGCUCUUUAACUUGGUCUACUGGGUCGGAUAUCUGUAUCUCUAAAUGGCCACUCUUCACAGCACUAGAUCCCU